AGUAGGCGAGUUGAAGGGGGAAACAAACAAAAAAAAAAAACUCUUAUCACCUACGUCAGUACAGCUUUGAAAUAUUCUGCUCUCUGGCUUGCAUGAUCGGGCAUGCAAAUUCUUAAAGAUCUGAAGUCAACUGUGAAAACUUCCUUUUUUUAAAAACUUAUUUUUACUCUAGGAGUGAUUGAUGGUGUGUGCUACAGACUGCUAUACGUGGGUCAUCUGAGUUCAGGCAUUAGUCCUACAUGAGAAUGGAUGCUCAGACAGUCCGGUGGUUGGUAUUUCUGGCCCUCAUAAAAAAUUUUUCUACAUAUACUCCAGACGCUCCCUUUGAACUAACACCCAGUGAGCUGGAAGUUAAAGAGGGGUCCUGCACUGAAAUCAAAUGUGCAGUCACUAGAAAUGUUGCUGAUGAUGGUUCAUACUGGUUUUGGAUGAAGGAUGCAAAAUGGAAUCAGACUGCAAAAGAUUUUGCUGCCACUGUCAUUUACAGCACAAAUAACUCAAUGCGUUCUGUCAGUCCAGACUUUGUAGGCAGAGUAACAUACAUCGGAUCUUCAUCUGCAGAUUGGAAUCGUGCGUCCUCAUUAAAGCAAACAGUGCAGUGCAGUAUAUUAAUCUGCAACCUGAAAAAAAAUGACAGUGGAGAGUAUUCUUUCAGGUUUGUUGGAAAAACAAAAGAAGUAGUGUGGGUAACCAAAAAAAAUGUUACUCUCAAAGUUCAAGAUAAUCCAUGCCUGCUCACUUUUGAGAAACCCCCUGCUGUGACUGAGCUUAACACAAUAACGCUCACAUGCUCCACUUUAAGUUCAUGUCCUUCAAACCCUCAAAUUCAAGAUUUGACACAAGUUCCCCCAACACAGCCCGAAACGCCUCAACAACAAAAUGAUAAGAAAAGCGUCACAACCAGCUUUACAGCCACAUGGAACGAUGACGGGAAGGUGUUUUCAUGCCAAACAAGGGAUAAUACGGACCAAUAUUUUAUUCGGAAUAUUAGUGUAACAGUUGAAUAUUCUCCUAAAGACGUAUUGGCUAAGAGCCCUGAAGUUGUCAAGGAAGGAGAUUCAGUGUCUCUCACUUGCUCUGCCAAAGGAAAUCCACACCCCAACAUUUCCUGGUUUCAAGGAAAAGAUACACAGUUCACUGGAGCAGAAUGGAGCAUCGCAUCAAUUAAGUAUUCACAGAGUGGAGAGUAUUAUUGUCAAGCUCAGAACAAACAUGGAAUUAAUAAAUCAAAUCCAGUCAUCAUUAAUGUUACAUAUGUGCCUCAUCUUGAGAUAAAGCUGAUUCAUCCCAUGUCUCCAGUUAAAGAAUGGGAUAAAAUGAAUUUAACAUGUAAUGUGAUGAGAAGUAACCCACAGCCGCACACCUACACUUGGUAUAAAAAUGAAAGAGUUGUUGAUGGUCAGCAGCAGAAAUAUUAUGCUGUUCAAGAAGUCAGACCUGAGCACAGUGGUGUCUACACAUGUGCAGCCACUAACAGUGCGGGUAUAGGAAAAUCAGAGCCACUUCAAAUCGAAGUUCAAUAUAAACCGAGGAAGGCGAGGAUUUCCACCAGUGGCUCACUUAGUGUAAAAGUUGAUAAACCUCUCAAGUUAUCCUGUGACACCUCUGCCAAUCCUGCCCCGACGAUUUAUUCCUGGUACCGGUACCGUUACAACGAAAAUAAGCAGAUUGACUCUUUUCAGUGGAAGUCCAAGAUGUCUCAUGAAAACAGCCUAAUUCUGGAGAGAGUACAAAGAGCAGAUGAAGCAUGUUACAUGUGCAAUGCCACCAACUCCAUUGAUGUAGGAGAAAAUAGUGACUAUGUGUGCAUACAAGUACUGUAUCCUCCCACCAAACCCACACUCUCUAUGCCUGCUGAGGUCACAGAAGGUCAGACCAUCACCAUCACCUGCACUGUUGAAAGUUUCCCAACAUCAGUUCUCACCCUGUUUAGGACUUCCACAUCAAAUUCUGAGCCUUUAGUAUUAACUCCAAAGACUCUGCGCCACACCUUUAAUGUUACUUCAGCCGACGCUGGCCUUUACAGCUGUGAUGCAGAGAACAACCAAGGUUCACAGAAAAGCCAAGAAAGAAUGCUGGUGGUGAAAUAUAUUCCCAAAGUGACAGUACAAGCUUCGCCUGAUCUCGUUGUGACUGAAAAUUCAUCGCUGACACUGCAGUGCAUUGCCCAGUCCCACCCAUCAGUGACCUCUUCCACCUGGAUGAAGAUGACUGACGGGAAAGAUGAAAUCAUCCGGAAAACCCAGGGACUGAGAGUCUUCACCAUAAAGUCUGUCAGUCGCUCUGACGGCGGACAGUACCGCUGUGAAGCCAGUAAUGACAUCGGAACUGGACAAUCAGAGCAAGCUGAGGUUAAAGUCAAAUAUGCUCCAAAACACACAAACAUCAUGAUAGCAGAAGAGAAGGAGGAGCGCAAUGGUAGGAGGUCUGUGAUGCUGCACUGCAUCAGUCACAGCUAUCCCGAAGUGAGAAAUUAUUCAUGGUACCAGAGGAUGAAGGACAAGCACGAGGAUAAGCGUGUGUCUCUGUCUCAGAACUACACAGUGUACUCAGAUCAACCGGGGGUCUAUUACUGCAUCGCAAAUAAUGAAAUAGGUGAAAAGUCGUCUGACUCAGUCGAUCUAUUUAACCGAGACUUAAUCAAUGCCCUGAAGCUCUUCUUUCUCUGUCUUAUUAUCCUGCUCAUUAUUUUCGCAAUUGUCUUAGCUUACAGAUGCAGGAGGAAAAAAUCAAUUCAUCAAGCAACUAUGAACACACAACCCAUGUUUGGUUUUGAGGGUUGGUGGAAUGGCACCACGAGGCAGAAUCUGAUGAAUGAGACCAUCUUGGCUGAGCCCUCCAGGAGCAGAGACGACCUCUUGCCAGAACAGCCCUGCCAUCCAAAGGCCCAACGACGCCAGUCUCAUCCAGACAGCACACCUGCGUCCAACAUCAGCACUGUUUACUACACUGUGGCUCUGCCUCCUGGACAGGCCCCCGCUGCGCAAAAACCGACAAGACCGCAAGGUGGUCACACACAGGAGGAUUCUCUCAACUACGCCUCUCUGCACUUUUGGAAUCAGCCAAAGAACAAACAUGUGAAAACAGAGGAGGACGCUGUGUACGCAAAGGUGUCAAAGCCACUUAAAACGAAUGAGCUGCAGGACUAUGAAAAUGUCAGGAUAACACAUGCAACCAAGCCUCCAAAUCCAUUAGACGAUGAUACAGACACAGACUCAGACACCAGUGAAGAUGAGGUGGCACUCAACUAUUCACAGGUGACCUUCACGGCAAAGCCAGGACAUCAGAGAGAAGACACUGACUCCAGCACCUCUGAUGACGAUGAGAUUCAGUACUCUGCCGUCAAAGUCUGACUUAGGAUGUUCUUAUCCUGCUUCAUACAUACAGCCACCUUGUGCCUGGCAUAUCCUCAAUUAUGUUAAUAAUUAAUCAUCAGGUUCAGUAUUGUAGAUAAGGGUUUUAUUCUCGAACUCUGAUUCCCACGCAGGGGUAUGUGUGCUUAAGUUGCCGCGUUACCAACACACAUGGUUUCUUUUCCUUUCAUUUGUUCCCUAUCAGGAUGUAUUAACAGUGCAAAUUGGAAUGAUACUAAUCAUAAAUUAACAAUAACACAAGCUACUAACCAGCUGCAGUCUGCUGCAACACAUCAACACUGCGUGCUGCAAUUUAGAAAGUUAGUAAACUAGUUAGCAAGCAAGCAGAGGAACUGAAAUAGUGGGCUACACAUAAUGGACAGAUGGUUGAAAUAAAACAUUAGGAGUAAUGGAUAUAUACCUGAAAUAAGGUAAUGGAUAAAUGUUUGAAAUAGUUAAAAUGAAUGGAUAUACAACUGAAAUUGUUAGCUAAAAGUAAUGAUUAAACAGUUGAAAUAGUUAAAUGUAAAGGAGAAAUGGUGUAAAUGUCCAGCUUUUGCAACUUAAAAUGGUAGUGUUAUGAAUGUAAAAUUACUGUAACAAUAGUGUAAAUAACAUCUCGUUUAUAAUCCAUUCAUAAGAGCUUAGUGUAUUUGCAAAAUGAUAGAUCAAAUCUUGUUAUAGGGCUGUGGGUUUUUUUCAUUCCUCAAAUAUCACUUUUAGUGCAUUUCUGCUUUCAAAUGUUGCAAACCUAAUCCAAAAACUGAAAUGUAAAUGUGAGUCAAACAUACUGCUGUUCAAACUCUUACAUUAUAAAAGAACAUGUGUUGGGAGAAAUGUACUUUAAAGUUUAUUGACAGUACUGUGAAGUUUGUGAACACGCACCAGCACAAAAUAAUAUGUCUGUAAUGAAUCUUUUUUCUGAAGUAUAUGUGUAGAAACAAUGUACUAUAUGCAAAAUGCUGAGUUUCAUAACCUGCUUUGACUUCAGCUCCUGUAUGCCUGCCGAAGUAAGUGCAGGAAAUUUAACUUUUUUGUUUAUAUAAAUGAGCACAGAUAUAUUUUUGUACUUUAACAAAAAACAAGUAUUAUCAGUUAUCAAUAAAAAAAGUGUGACAAAUAUCA